AUGAAGUCCACCGUACUCCGUCUUGUUUGCUUCGCUGUCCUGUUGGUUCUCGCCGCAGCGUGGACCAAGGAAGACUAUGAAAUCUUCCGACUGAACGACGAAGUCACCGCCGCGGAGGGCGCCAACGUGACCUUCUACGAUUUCCUCGGUGUCAAGCCCAGCGCCAACCAAGACGAACUCAACAAGGCCUACCGCAAGAGAUCUCGUCAGCUGCACCCGGACAAGGUCAAGCGCAGCUUCAUCGCCAACCGCUCCACGGACAAGACCCGGGCCAAAUCCUCCAAGACCGGCGUCCACGUCAACAAGGGCCCCUCGCAGCGCGAAAUCGCCGCCGCCGUCAAGGAAGCCCACGAACGUUCCGCCCGCCUCAACACCGUCGCCAACAUUCUCCGCGGGCCCGGCCGCGAGCGCUACGACCAUUUCCUCAAGAACGGCUUCCCCAAGUGGAAGGGCACCGGAUACUACUACUCGCGGUUCCGGCCGGGCCUGGGCUCCGUGCUGGUUGGGCUGUUCCUCGUCUUCGGCGGCGGCGCGCACUACGCGGCCUUGGUGCUGGGCUGGAAGCGUCAGCGCGAGUUUGUGGAUCGGUACAUCCGACAGGCGAGACGCGCCGCCUGGGGCGAUGAAUUGGGUGUGAGGGGCAUUCCGGGGGUCGACGCGACGGGAGGUGUGCCUGCGCCCACGCCCGAUGCCGGCGACGCCGGCGCCGCGGCCAUGCCGAUGAACCGUCGCCAGAAGCGCAUGAUGGAACGCGAGAACCGCAAGGAGAAGAAGGCGCCGAGAGCGUCGUCCCGGGGUUCGGGCACCGCCACUCCCACGACGGAGUCGGUCGAGCCCACCGGGGAGAGGAAGCGCGUGGUCGCGGAGAACGGAAAGGUCCUGAUCGUGGACUCGGUCGGGAAUGUCUUCCUUGAGGAGGAGUCCGAGGACGGCGAGCGCCAGGAGUUCCUCCUCGAUGUGGAGGAGAUCCCGCGCCCUACUAUGCGUGAUACGAUGGUGUUCCGCCUUCCUGGCUGGGUGUUCCGCAAGACCGUUGGACGGGUGUUUGGGUCCUCUGAUGCCGUCGAGGAGGAGGAUUCGCCCGAAGCGGCGGAGUCUGCGGGCGAUGAGCCGACGACGUCCAGCUCGGCCAUGGCGUCGAAUGGCAAAUCCUCGCGCCGGAGGGGAAGGCGGUCUCAGAAAUCCUGA